AUGACGUCGACCGAUGAUUUAUCGCAAAUUCAAGUAGCUUCCGCUAAUGGAUCUUCUUCAGACAACAACAAGACCAAUUCUGAUUCUUCUCGUAUAACUACGUACGAGGAUCUUGUCCAAGACUCUAAUCUUUUUUGGGAGAAACUCCGUGAUUUUCUCGGAUAUACUGACAAACCUUUGACGGUUCCUACUGUGGAAGGAAAAAGUAUCUGUCUGCAUAAGCUUUUCAAAGAGGUCACAGCUCGACGUGGUCUUGAAAGGGUGAUCAAGGACCGUAAAUGCUCUGAAGUGAUUGCAACAUUUGGUUUGAAGACCCCAAUAACAAAUGCUUCACUUGUUUUGAAGAAGCACUAUGUGCCAAUGCUCUUUAAAUUCGAGCAUGUGUAUUACCUCAAAAAACCAGCUUCUUCAUUCGCGGCGAGAGAAGAAGAACUAAGCGGCCUUCUCGGAAAAUCGGCAAAUCAUGACAAUGCACUGCAAGCUGGAACCGCGGUUGAUGUGAUCAUCGAAGGGAAGUUCAAUAACGGUUAUUUUGUAAGGGUGAAGAUGGAUUCAAAAGAGCUCAAAGGAGUGGUUUACCGUCUUGAAUCUCCAAGCCGCAAGAAGAAAUCGAAAUCAGAUCCUAAGAAACCUAAGUCGCACAGAAGCGGUUAUAACUUCUUCUAUUCCGAAAACUACGAGAGGCUUAGACCUCAUUUCGUUGGAAAAGGACAACUUCUCACUCAAACAAUUGGGAAAAUGUGGAGAAGUCUCUCUAAAUCUGAUAGAGAGGUUUAUCAAGAAAAAGGUCGUAAGGAUACGGAGAGGUCUAGGAAAGAGAUCUCGGAGUACAGAUCUUUAAUGGCUUCCCGCGCUGCGACUGAUGCAGCGGCUGCGGCGGAAACUGCAGUUGCGACCGAUGCAGCGAUGAAUGAUGAAACGGAUGAAUCGGAGUCUGAUGCAGCGAUGAAUGAUGCAGCGACUGCGUCUGAGGAGGCUGAGUAG